UUUGAUCUAAUCAACUGAAUAUGCCAUCCAUCAUGAAUGACAAGUUGAAAUUUUUAUUUUCAUUCACGAUACUAUUUUUCGUUUAUCUGCUAAUGAAACAACAUCAUAUUGUUGAAGCAUUGAGUGAUGAUUUUUUAGGACCAAAUGAUCAUCAUUUUAAUCAAUGGCUUAGUUUGAAAAAUUUAACAAUCGAAAACAAAUCCAAUGUUCUUGGUGGAACAUUUUCCUAUAAUAAAUCUUUGGUUAAUUUUGUAAAUCUUAAUGAUAGCCAUGAGCAGCUUACAGUACAUUGGGUCGGGAAUAAUACUCCGGUUAUCAUAUGUUUGGCCAAAAAUCGUGCUAACAGUCGCCAAAAUCAAUCAUCAUCUGUAUACAUAUCGCAUGAUUAUGGAAAAACAUUUGUGAUGGCUGAUUUGAAAAUAAAUGAUAAUCAAUCUGCAAUUAUACAAACAUUUUAUUUAUCACCCGUAUGGAAUUUUUUUUAUUUAUUUGUUGAUCAACAAAAUCAACAUAUUUUCAUUACAAAUGAUUAUGGUCAAACAUUUAAACGAAAUCGUUUGCCAUUUGCUCCGAAAACAUUUCAACUACAUCCGACCGAACAUAAUUUGAUUCUUGCUCAAUCAUCAAAUGAUGUUCUAUUUGUUAGCGAAGAUUUUGGUUUCACUUGGCAAAUAAUACAUUCAAACUCUACAGGUUAUUUUACAUGGACUGUGCCAAAAAUUGAUCCAGCUAUUGAUUUUCGAACAAUUUUCGCACAACGUUUUGAACCAAAUGGUUUAUCAUCAUUAAUUGCAUUUUCCAGUGAUCAUCAUUUAAAACAUCAUUCCGUUCAUACUUGGUUGACCGAUGUGGAAAAAGUUUCCAUAAAAAAUCGUUUCAUAUUUGCAACUCGUCGAAAAAAUCUAUACACACAUAGCAUUAACAAAAGUGCAAAUAUGCUAGAAUUUUGGAUUUCUAUUGAUCGUCAGCCAUUUUUUAAAGUACAAAUAUUGGAAACAGAUUUCGGUGAUAGUCUCAAACCUGUCAAUUAUUUUAUAGUGGAUAUAACUGAUGUUGCAAUAUUUCUUUGUAUAACUUAUCAAAAUGGACAAACCAAUCUUUAUAUUUCAAAUGCUGAUUUCGAUAAAUUCAGCUUAUCGUUGGAUAAUGUUGUCUUUUAUCAUCCGGAAUAUUCAGGACAUAUACCUGGAUUACAUUAUGAAAUAUCUAAAGAUCAAGAAUUUGCCGACAUACAUCGUAUAGCUGGAAUUCGUGGUACAUAUAUUAUUUCCAAAUGGAAAAAUCUACAACGUAAAUCUAUAUCGGAUAUUAUUACUUUGAUCACAUUUGAUAUGGGUAAUCGUUGGCAUACAUUAAAACCACCAACUAAAGAUGCAUUUGGCCAUCCAAUCGCAUGCAAUAUUACCCAUAAUAAUUGUUCAUUACAUUUAACUCAACGAUAUCUUUCGAUGAAUUCAAAUUCAAAACCAAUACUCACACGUGAAUCAUCUGUUGGAUUCAUACUUGCAACGGGUGUACUUGGAGAUUCAUUAAAAGGCAAACAAAAUCUUUAUUUAAGUCUUGAUGCAGGAAAUACAUGGCGUCAGAUACUCACCGGUAACUAUCUUUAUGCAUUUGGAGAUUUUGGUAGCAUUAUCGUAGCCGUAGAACAUUUUUCAAAAGCCGGCCCUACCAAUGAACUUUACUACUCAAUAGAUGAUGGAUAUUCAUUCACAUUGUUUAAAUUUCACCCGAAUAAAAUUCGUGUUUAUGGAUUGUUGACAGAACCAGGAGAAAAAACUGCUUCGUUUACGAUAUUCGGUUCAGCAGAAAAACGUCAUGAAUGGAUCGUUAUUCAGGUUAAUUUCACGGAAAUUUUUGAUUCACAAUGUCGAAUACCCAUUGACUACAAAGAAUGGUCGCCACAUGAUUACGAGUCGAAAUGUUUACUUGGAUCGACACAGAUUUUUCUUCGCCGAAUGCCUAGCCGAAAAUGUUUUAAUGGCAAUGAAUUUUCUCGUCCAGUUUAUCAGAUCAAUUGUCCGUGUAAACAUUCUGAUUAUGAAUGUGAUUCAGGCUAUGUGCUAGUUAAAAAAUCACCCGUUUUUCAUUGUGGUCUUAAACAUGAAUCAUGGCUCCAAUCGUUGAACUAUAGCAAUUGUUCACCUGGGCGAAUGUUUAACAAGACUAAAGGUUAUCGCAAAAUACCUGGUGAUACUUGUGAAGGUGGUGAAGAAGAUUGGUAUUCACCACAUUUGCUUCCAUGUCCUUUCAAUACAACAUUAGUGCCAGAGUUUUUAUUAUUUGUUCAACGACAAGAAAUAUCGAUCAUUUCGUUGAAUGAUUAUGAAUUUACCAAGUUAUCUUUAUUGCCAAAAUCAUUUUUAACGAAUGCUAUCGCAGCUGAUUUUGAUUACAAAAACAGUUGUCUUUAUUGGUCGGAUAUUCAUUCGAAUAGAAUUUUACGUUAUUGUUUUGAUGGUGAACAAUUACAACCAGAAGCAUUGGUAGAAAUUGGUUUGGAUUCUGUUGAAGGUAUUGCUUUUAAUCAGAUUAAUGGCCAUUUGUAUUUUGUUAACGGAAACAAAUCAAAAGUCGAAUUAAUCAACACACGAAUCAAUUAUGAAGGUCGAAUGCGACGGACCAUUUUGAGCGAACCGAAUACAAAGAAACCAAGAGGCAUUGCUAUCGAUCCUGUUGAAUGUUAUUUAUUUAUUACCGAUUGGAGUUUAACAUCGGCAAUCAUUCGAAGUGAUCUAGAUGGUGAAAAUGUACGUGUUUUAUUCAAUAGUAAUGUGGUUAAAUGGCCCAACGGUAUUGCUGUCGAUCAUUCGGCGAAACGAAUCUAUUGGGUCGAUGCUAAACAUGAUUAUAUUGCAAGUUCAUUAUAUGAUGGCACAGAUUUUAAAUAUCUUGUUCGUGGUGAACAUGCACCACAUCCAUUUGCAUUGGGUGUUUUCAAAGAUAUGGUUUUCUAUGAUGAUUGGGUUCUGCAUAAAUUAAUAUUGGUCAGUAAACAUAAUUCGACCGUACGAAAAACAAUACUCGAAGGUGUUUCAAGUGCAAUGGAUCUAAAAAUUGUUACCAGUCAAUUUUCUAAUGAAACAAAUGUCUGUAAUCUAAAUGGUACUUGUUCACAUCUUUGUAUUGCUACACCAUUCAAUAACCAUCGAUGUUUAUGUCCAGAUGGAUAUGUUAUAACUCGAACAUUGGAUGAUAACGAAAAAUGUUCAUGUCCAUAUGAUCGAAUAUUAACAGAAACUGGUGCAUGUCGACCAUCAACUCCAAAUAUGACAUGCUCAUCAAAUGAAUUUCAAUGUGAUAAUAAAAAUUGCAUUUCAAUUUAUUGGGAAUGUGAUGGAGAUGAUGAUUGUAAUGAUGGAUCGGAUGAAAAAUCUUGUUAUGAUGAACAAUGUAAACUCCGAGAAUUUCGUUGUAAAUCAUCAGGAAAAUGUAUCCAGGAUUUAUGGAUGUGUGAUCAUGAACAAGAUUGUGAAGAUGGAAGUGAUGAAGAUUUAACAUUAUGUUCAUCAAUCUAUCCAAAAUGUAAUCCGUUUACAGAAUUUCAAUGUAACAAUUAUCGUUGUAUUGAUGUACGAAAUGUUUGCGAUUUUCUUGAUCAUUGCCGUGAUGGAAGCGAUGAAAUCGGAUGUGCAUAUAAUAAUCAUUCAACAACAGAGAAUAUAACCCAAUGUGAAGAUGGACGUUUCCGUUGUAAAAAUGGUGAUUGUAUUAAUGAAAAUUGGCGUUGUGAUGGCGUUUUUGAUUGUACUGAUAAAAGUGAUGAAUUAGAUAAUUGUACAUCAGGAUGUAUAGAAUUUGAAUUUAGUUGUCCGAACAAUAUUUGUAUCGAUAUACUUUUUGUUUGUGAUAAUGAUCAAGAUUGUAUCGAUGGAAGUGAUGAAGCAAACUGUACUGAUUCUAAUGUUGGUAAUAAUAUUACUGUUCCCGGAUCAUUUAAUCCGGAAAAUAAACAUUCCGGUUCAUCAUCAUUAAAAUGUCCAGAUAAUUCAUAUCAUUGUCGAUCGGAUAGUUUUUGCAUACCAAUCGAAUGGCUUUGUGAUGGUAAUAAGGAUUGUAUUGAUGGUACGGAUGAAUUAGAUUGUCCGGAAAUAAAAUCCACCGAUAAUAAUCAAAAUAAUUCUAAUAUUGAAUCAACGGCCAUUGUAUCGAAUGGACAUAAAAAAUGUAGUGAUAAUCGAUUCCAUUGUUAUAAAUCAGAUCAAUGUAUAUUUCAACUUUUUGUUUGUGAUGGCGAACCUGAUUGCCGUUUUAAUGAAGAUGAACAAAAUUGUUAUAACGAUACAGAUAUUAAAUGUCCGAAAAAUUAUUUUACUUGCCUAUUAAGUAUUGGUUGUAUACCAACAAGAAAAGUUUGCGAUGGUCGACAUGAUUGUUUUGAUGGAAGUGAUGAAUGGGGUUGUUUAAAUUCAAAAGUAACUAUUCCAUCUAUUUGUCUUGGACAUUAUUGUGAUGAUGGUGAAUGUAUUGAACUAGAUCAACGUUGUGAUGGUAUACAUGAUUGUCUUGAUGGUAGUGAUGAAAAAAAUUGUGAACAAGCUAAAAUAUCUAAAGAUGGAUUACAAAUUUUUCUUCAAUAUGAUUCAAUUCGUACGGAUAGUUUUACUAUUAAUUGGCUUAUACACGAAAAAAAUAUGAGCAAUCAUGAUUAUUUAUUUUUGCCGGCAUGGAUUGAUAUAAAUUCAUCAUUGAUUGAUAAUCAUUCUAGAUUUAAUGCUACAAAUUGGAUUAUAUAUUCAAAUUAUACUUUUAAAAAUCUAACACCUGGUCAUACAUAUAAAGCAUUUGUUUUCUAUAAAUUAUUACCAACAAAUUUCAAUCAAGAAAAUUUUACUCAAAACGAUACACAAAUAUAUCCAUCAAAUAGUUUUGUAAUUGUAACAACUGAAUCUGUUUCACCUCCAGCACCGAUUAAUCUUACUGUACAAAUUGUUGAAUAUAAUGAAGUUCUACUGAAUUGGUCGACACCGGAAUCAUCGAUACCAAUCAAAAGUUAUCGUGUAUAUCGAACACCACCAAAUCCACCAAUAACUAUUGAUUCUCAUUAUAAUCAGAUUCAAUUAUGUUGUUUUCUAGCCGGUAUUAACUAUACAUUCUGGGUUACAUCGUUGACUAGAAAUUUAGAAAGCCAAGAUUCAAUAAAAAUUCCUUUAGUGGUCGGAUCAAUUGCGACAAUUCAAAAUUUUACAGCAAAAAAUGUUAACAUAAAUUCAAUUGAAUUAUCAUGGCAAUCGCAAACGAAAAACAUUUCAAAAUGGCUUAUCAUAUAUACUUGCGAAGAAUAUUUUCCUUUAUUUUCACAAAAUAUAACGGUUGAAAAGAAUUUUGUGAUAUUAAAAAAUUUAUCACCUAGUGUUGAUUAUAAAUUUAAAUUAUUUCCCUUUAUUGAUGGUCGAUUCUGGUUCGAAGGCAUUGAUAAUAACGUUUUGGAUUUACGAACACUUGGAUCACAAUUACCAUCUGUUUUUGUUCAAUAUGAAGUUUCGGGUUCACAAAUUACGCUAUCGUGGCAACCACCAACUCGAAAAUCUAUUGAAUAUUUACUAAAAAAUGUCGAUGAAAUAAUUGAAUGGGAAUAUGCCAUUUAUGUUGGAGAUAAUAUCGAAAAUCUUCGAAUUUACCAGACUAAAGAUACAAAGAUUAUUUUGAAAAAUCUAUUCAAUUGUCAGUUGUAUACUAUAGAGGUGCGUCUAAUCAAACCUUUUGGCAUUGGUCCUGCAUCAUCUGAACCAUUGAGAAUCCGAACGAAAUUCGAUCCAACAUCACCACCUCGACGAAUUCAAUAUCGAGCUUCGAAUGAUGAGGCCACACGAUAUUCAAUCAGUUGGAAUGCUACAUGUCAAACACCUCUACCGGAAAAAAUUGGCUACAUUGUAAAUGUUUAUGAUUUAGUUAAUAAACGUUUAGAUCGAUUUCGAUUUCAAGCAAAUAAGGAUACAUAUCAUUCAUUUGAUCUCAGCGUACAUUAUGGGGCAAUUUACGAGAUAAAUAUUGCAACCAUCACUGGUAAUGGUAAAAUAUCAUCUAGAUGGAGUGAGAAAACAAUUUUAGAAGCACCGUCAAUGCCUACCGUUGCAAAAUUAUUUGCAUAUGUUAAUCACAAUAAUCAAAUACAAGUCAUUUGGAAAAAAGUCGAUAAUUUUCCGAUCGUUGAUGACUAUAAACAGCAUAGGAUCCAAUAUAAAGUCUAUUUGCAUGAUGAGAAAGAUGUACAAAAAGGACAUUCAAUACAAACAAAAUCACCGCCGGCUAUAUUUGAAACGAAAAUCAAAAAUGAUCAUUACUUUGUUGCUGUUGCAUUGAUCGAUAAUCAUGGUUAUUCGGGACCAAUCUCCGAAACAUAUAAACUUUACACGGAAAAUUUCGCAACAGCAACCACAUUGACAACAUAUUCAUACCAAUUUGGCAUCAAAGAAAUAUUUUUACUACUGAUCAUCAUAAUCCUGUCCAUUUGUUUGGCAUAUAUGGUCAUUAAAAAUGUAGGAUCACGGUCAACAAUAUUACCAGCUGCAUUUGCCGGUAGCCGUUAUAAUUCUCGUUUAGAUUCAGCUACACUUUCAUCGUAUCAUAAUCUUCAAGUCGAAGAUAAUCAUGCCUAUUCAGAUGAUGAGCCAUUGGUCAUUGCUUAAGUUGACCAAAAAAAUUUUUUUUAUUAAAGCAUCGUUUUUUCACCCAUUCAAUUCAUGAUUGUGAUAACUAUUUUUUAUUUUCAUAUUUGAA